AUGAGCUGUGUUUUGAGAAGAAAGUCCGUUGUUGUUGUGAGUUUCAUUGCAGCAUUCCUCUGUCUGAUCAUUGUCCGUCUCACAAAUGAAGUAACUUUCCCUUUGAUCCUAAACUGCUUUGGACAAACCAGAGUCAAGUGGAUCCCAUUUUCUAAUGGCCAAAGGCAGCCUCUGAAAACUCAUUAUGGAUAUAUAAAUGUAAAAACACAAGAGCCUCUACAGCUUGACUGUGACCUCUGUGCCAUUGUUUCAAACUCGGGACAGAUGGCUGGCCAGAAGGUGGGCACCGAGAUAGACAAGUCCUCCUGCAUAUGGAGGAUGAACAAUGCUCCCACAAAGGGCUAUGAGGAAGAUGUUGGGAAGAGGACAACUGUAAGAGUGGUCUCUCACACAAGUGUGCCUCUCCUGCUCAAGAAUCCCGAGUACUUUUUCAAAGAAACCAACAAUACUGUUUACGUGGUCUGGGGUCCUUUUCGAAACAUGAGGAGGGAUGGAAAUGGCAUUGUGUACAACAUGCUGAGGAAAACUGUUGACAGCUACCCAACUGCCAAAAUCUACGUGACAACGGAGAAGCGCAUGAGUUACUGCGAUGCCAUAUUUAAGAAGGAGACAGGGAAAGACCGAGUCCAGUCAGGUUCAUAUCUCAGCACGGGUUGGUUUACCUUAAUUUUGGCUAUGGAUGCCUGCUAUGGAAUUCAUGUCUAUGGGAUGAUAAAUGACACCUACUGCAAGUCAGAAGGCUUUCGUAAAGUUCCCUACCACUAUUACGAGCCAGGAAGAGAUGAGUGUGAGGAAUACUUUCUCCAUGAAAAUGCUCCAUAUGGAGGCCACAGGUUUAUCACGGAAAAGAAAGUAUUUGCUAAGUGGGCCAAGAAGCAGACAAUAAUAUUUACGCAUCCCAACUGGACAGUGUCUUGA